CCAUGCGCGCAGGUCGUAAGUGCGCCGCUCGCCUAAACGCCGACUAUCCCAAAUAUUUUUUUCGAAUCGGAAAAAGAGUACAACCUUUUUAAAUAAUUCCUCUAUUGAAAUUUCGCUGGCCGUCAUCAGUUUUGUUUUUAAUAUUCUGUGAUCCGACGACGUGAACUCUACAGAAAGUUUGUUUUAAAAGUUUUGUUUUUUCGUAUUUAUUUCGAUUUGCACUUUAGAAAUGUUUUUGUGAUUACAUUGUUAUGUUGUUCGGUUUUGUGGUUAUUGUUUGGUGUUUGGUUUUUGUUGUAAUUUGAGUUUCGGACGGAAAAGUUUGGAGUACAAGUUUUGCGGUGGUCUUGUGUUUUUGAGGAAACGCUAAAAAGUGCAUCUUUUAGUGACUUGUAUUGGUUUUGGAACAAUAUGAUGCUAUUUUGGAAAGUGCUGUGUUCUCUGCUGCUGCUAGUGCAAGCCGUCUUCGGAAACUGGUGGAAUCUGGCGGCACCUCGACCACCGAGCGAGGCCGGCAACUCCUCGCUUGAGACGUUCACAGCGCUACACAAAGAGAACUGCCACAGACUGGAGUACCUGGUGGAGCGGCAGAAGCAGCUGUGCCUGCUCUCUGAUAAGAUGAUACAGGUGCUCCAGACAGGGGCGGUCCAGGCCAUCGAGGAGUGUCAGCACCAGUUCAGGCACAGCCGGUGGAACUGCAGCACCACCACCAACGCCAACUCCUCAGACAUCUUUGGCGGCGUGCUGAAGUUCAAGUCCCGUGAAUCAGCAUUCGUGCACGCGCUGUCAGCCGCCGCGCUUGCGCACGCAGUAGCACGCGCGUGCAGUCGCGGCGAGCUCAACGAAUGCUCGUGCGACGCUCGCGUUCGCAAGCGAACACCGCGCCAUUGGCAGUGGGGAGGAUGUUCGGAGGAUAUAAGAUACGGCGAGAAGUACAGUCGAGACUUCGUGGAUUCGAAAGAAGAUAAGAACUCAGAUGAAGGCUUGAUGAAUCUGCACAACCACGAGGCUGGGCGAAGAGCGGUCCGCAGCCGAAUGCAGCGCGUAUGCAAGUGCCACGGCAUGUCAGGCUCAUGUUCAGUGCGAGUAUGCUGGCGUCGCUUGCCGCAGCUGCGACUUGUAGGCGACGCGCUCGCCACCAGAUAUGAGGGCGCUUCGCAUGUCAAGAUAGUAGAACGGAAGAGAGGCAAGAACAUACGGAAACUGCGACCACUUCACGCAGACAUGAAGAAGCCCAACAAAACGGAUUUGGUGUACUUGGAAGAUUCCCCUGAUUACUGCGAACCUAAUGACGAACUCGGCAUUCUCGGCACGCGUGGUCGUACAUGUAACCGUACAUCAGCAGGGCUUGACGGCUGCCGGCUGCUGUGCUGCGGUCGUGGGUACCAGACGCGCGUGCGCGAUCAUGAGGAGAAGUGCCGCUGCAGGUUCGUCUGGUGUUGUCGGGUGCACUGCGAGCUCUGCCGCUCCAAGAGAGACCACCACGUCUGCAACUAGGAGGCUACAUACAACGAGACCAAAUGCUUUACCAUCGUUGAGAUAUUGUUCGAUAAAUGGAGGAAUUUCGAUAAUGUUGACUAAGAUCGUUUCAUCCACGAAGACGCGCCCCACCAUUCUUCCGCUAAUGUUUGAGUGUUAUCGGUACACGCUGAAUU